AUGCUGCACCGACUGGGAUUUGACUGCAAAAAAAUCCUGCGUACUUUGGGAUAUGAGAAACUGGGCAAACCAAAGCGUCUCUAUCUGGCCUCCCAGGUGGGAGGCCAGAGCCUUGAGGCCUUCCCCGGCUCAUUUGCAAUGGAUAAGGGUGAGAAAAUGGGGUUUGAUUUUCGAACCAUCCAAGAAAUCCAGGGAUGCAGCAGACGUAGCCCAGAUGUUCUCCCCACCAUGAUAUUGCUGGAGAAAUGGAGCUUCCAGAACCACACAGUUGAGGAGCUCUUUGUCCUUUUCUCCAAAAUGCAAAAUUAUGAGGCCAUGAGGAUAAUACAGAGAUUUGUUCCAGAGAGGUAUCAUCCAAUGAUCCACGAAGGAGAGCGGCGUAUUACAAAUAUACUCCACAAGAAGACCCAGGGAGCCAUUGUAGCCAUGGAUCCAUCCCUCCCAUCUUUCUCUACCUUCUCUGCUUCUCCCCCCUCUUGUUCUUUUGCUAGAGGAGCACAGUUAACAUCCCUGAGAGAACCACAGGCAUCAAUAGAUGCAGUCAAUUUCAAUGCUCCUGGGUCCAAGGGUCACCUCCCAAACAAGGAUAUGACCUUCCCCAAUGUUCCCAUCAGCAGAUCCUCCAAUGAGGUUCCAGAUAGAACCAAACCAGAUGCAGCUGACGUAUCCAACCCUUCUGACAGCAAUUCUGGUGGUUCUCACAGCCCAAGCAUUGAAGCUUCACUUCUCCACAUUCCAUAUUCAGAGUUAGUUGUAGCCACAGAUUCCUUUGCCCCAGAGCACAUCUUGGGUCGUGGAGGCUUUGGCAUUGUAUACAAGGGAGUAUGGAAACAUAGCAUCAUAGCCAUCAAAAAGAUUGAUCCUAAAAAUUCCAGUGCAACAUCUACAUCUCAGCCACAUCUGACUCAUUCCCUGGUGGAGCUAAGGUUAUUGAAUCAAUUCAGACAUGACAACAUUCUUCCCCUUUAUGGCUAUAGCAUAGACAGGGAUCCCUGCAUUGUGUACCAAUUCAUGCCCAAUGGAUCCUUGGAAGAUAAGCUCUUAUGCAAGCAUGAGCAGAGCCCACUUGGCUGGCUAUUGAGAGCUGAGAUUGCCUUAGGUGUUGCUCGAGGACUGCAGUUCCUCCAUUCCUUCAAACCCAAGCCUCUAAUUCAUGGGGAUGUGAAAAGUGCAAAUAUCCUGCUUGAUGGAUCAUUCAUUCCCAAACUGGGGGACUUUGGGCUGGCCAAGGAAGGUCCAGAUGGAAACCAGGGGACCCACAUGACAGUAUCUCGAGUCCACGGGACACGGCCCUACCUACCCGAGGAAUACCUCCGCUCCAAACACCUCUCAGAUAAAGUUGAUGUCUAUAGCUAUGGAAUUGUCCUGUUUGAACUUGGAACAGGGCUCAGAGCAUACCAAGAAAUGAGAAAAACUCUAAGAUUCUUGAACGAGCUCGUGGAGGCCUGCGUGGCGGAGGGAGAUGGGAAGUUGGAGGGAAUCCGAGAUGAAAAGGGUGGGGUGGAACGAGGAGACCUCUUCAUGCCUCUCAUGCAAUUGGGACUUAAGUGCACCCUUCGACGCAAGGAUCAGCGACCAGACAUCCUCACCGUCUUCCACCAACUUAACUCCCUUCUCCACCCCCCUCUGCAACAUCAUCCCACCUCACUACGUUCACCGAUCCCUGUUCGCGAUCGGUUGUCACCGUUGAUUCCGUCAGAGGAGAGGAGUUCGGAAGUCCUGAGCAGCACCGACGACGAGAUCACGACGGACUCAUCGAGCAGCAUCGACUCGACGGGGCCUCUGGAACCCCCUGCUGCUGAUCCAGCUUCCAAGCCUACGUGUCCCACGGCGGGAAUCAUGGGGUUGAUUCCCAACAUCACCGAGUUGGGACUGGGCGCGAAUCAACGCGAAUCGAGGAGCGAAGACGAAGAGGAUCUCGUGCAGACCAUCUCCGAACGCUUUUCCAAUGUCCAUUCCGCCUUACCCUGAAACGCGAGGUUCCAGUCUCUCUCUCUCCGCUUCGCCGUCUUCGUUUCAAUAUCUUUCAAUAUUUCUCUAUGACUGAAUCGGUAUAUGUUUUACUCUAU